AUGCCUUUCGUUUCAAGCUCACUUCCUCCUCCAUCCUCUCAACGGCAGUCAUCUCUACCUCCGGUUCCUGAAAUGAACACUCCAAAUGAGAACCCAAUGACACAAGAGUCGACUGUUUCAAGAGUUUGCCAGCAAGCAAAGGACGUCAUUUCAGCGCAUUCAGCAGAGCCAGCUGUACCGCUGAGACAGCGACAGAUGUCUGCGCCGACGUACCCGAUACCGUAUGACCCUAAUGCGGCUGUGUAUGCGAAUGGUCAGAUGCCGGCCGGUCAAUAUAUGCCAUUAAUUUUAUUUGCUACACAGGGAGGUAUGACGCUGAAGCUUGAGCCUAUAAUCGAACAGAACACGGAUUUUUAUCGUUUCGCUCAACAUAUGCCGAUUGCCGCGACGAUUCCCGACAGUGAUUCCGUCCUCUAUGACAGUGGUCAGUUCGGGCUCUCCUCGACCACAUUCCACCGUUGCUGGUCAUACAAUGACGUCUCCUCCUUCAACGCAAGGACAAUCAAGGCCGGUGUCUAUGCCACCGAAUGGAACUUCGGCAACCCCCGGUCCAGUUUGUGCCCGUGUGCA